AUGUAUUGUCAUCUCAUUUACAGUACACUGUAUUGUAAUCUAAUGAAUGUUAUGAAUGUCGUCAAUGUAAUGUCCGCUCAUUAUAUCACUUGCACUACACUUUCGCCACAAUUAUCACUAUUCAUACAAUUGUCUCCGCAAUCAAUGCAAUGAUGAUUGCCAUCCAUUUGGACACCAAUACAGCACUGGUUUGUCACUCCAUUCACUAUUCAUUACAUGACUGUUAAUAAUGAACACCAACUGUAAGUGCAAUGCAAUGAGUGUUUCGCACCAAUCAUAGCAAUCAAGAGACACUCAAUCGUUGUGUCAAUUCAUAAACAAUACUAUAAUUAUAAUAACUGUAAUAAUAAGACAUCUCAUAUGAAUGGCUCAACCGCUGGACAUCUCUCGCCGUAACCCACAAGAAGAGUAUGAUUUGAUCCAAAGAGUGGGUUCCGGCACUUAUGGCGACGUCUAUAAGGCCAAACGGGUGAUGUCUGGAGAGAUGGCGGCCAUAAAGAUCAUAAAGUUAGAGCCGGGCGACGACUUCACGAUCAUUCAGCAGGAGAUACUGAUGAUGAAGGGCUGUCGGCACCCAAAUGUGGUGGCAUUCUUCGGCUCAUACCUCCGGAGGGAUAAGCUCUGGAUUUGUAUGGAGUUCUGUGGCGGCGGAUCCCUGCAAGACAUCUACCACUGCACCGGACCUCUGAGUGAAGUGCAGAUCGCGUUCGUGUGUCGGGAGACCCUGAAAGGGGUGCUAUACCUGCACUCUAUGGGCAAAAUGCAUCGCGACAUCAAAGGCGCCAACAUUCUGCUCACCGACGAGGGAGACGUCAAACUCGCAGACUUCGGGGUCUCCGCACAGAUCACGCAAACCAUAAACAAACGCAAGUCUUUCAUCGGAACGCCAUAUUGGAUGGCGCCGGAAGUGGCGGCCGUGGAGCGCAAGGGCGGGUACAACCAUCAGUGCGACAUAUGGGCCGUCGGCAUCACUGCCAUCGAGUUGGCCGAACUUCAGCCACCGAUGUUUGACUUACACCCCAUGCGAGCCCUGUUCCUCAUGUCUAAGUCGGGGUUCAAAGCGCCGCAACUGAAGGACAGGAGCAGAUGGUCUCCCAAUUUCCAUCACUUCGUCAAAGUGUCGCUCACGAAGAACCCCAAGAAGAGACCCUCGGCGGAGCGCCUACUCCUCCACCCAUUCGUACACCAGUCGGACCUCUCGCGCCGACUCAUGAGGGAUCUGUUGGAGAAGGUGGCGAAUCCGCAACACUUCGACGGACACGAGUUGGACGCCGACGACGAGCUCGUCUGCGAUGUCCCGCAACGCAUAUCAUCGAAACGGUCGGUGCGAUCGCGAGUCAAGACACGCUCCGAACUGAAUAUGGAAAGCAUCGCCUUCGAGACCCCUCUCCUCACCCCACUGUCCGCCGAACACGAGAGGCCAACCGAUGUCUCACUUGCGUGGGCUCUGCCCUCCGCUCACAACACCAGCGCCGGUGAUUCAGGCGAUGCGUGGACUCAUUCGGACGCCUAUCGUGAGGCAGAACUCCGGCGACGAUCUCUCCUGGAAAUGGUUGACGAAGAGCUCCUACAUCUCGGGCAUCAGGACAGUCUGCAGGCCAUCGACAAGACAUUACGUCUUUAUUCAUCACAAGAAACGCUUCCAAUAGAGCCUCUAAGGCACGACCUGUUGGGUCAGGUAUGCAACGAAUUGAAUGCAAUCGAGUUGUUACACAUCGACGACGACGAGUACUCCACCCCUCCCUCAACGCCCAGAGUUAACGGCAUUAUUGUCAGUGAAGUGGGAGAGCACUCGACCAAUGGACAGACAAAUGCGCCCAACAAUGGCUUAAACCAAAGCAGUGAUGCCAACGAUGCUGAUGGUAGCGGCGGCGUCGGUCAGCCCCCAGAGGCUCCUCCGCGUCGUAGGGAUCGUCACAAACGAGUGAACACCGGCCAGACGUCGGCGCCGACUGCCGUGAAUGGGUUGCCUCCCACUCCCAAAGUACAUAUGGGCGCCUGUUUCUCAAAGGUGUUCAACGAGUGCCCCCUCACCGUCAACUGUAGCGCCAGUUGGAUACACCCCGACACUCACGACCAGCACAUACUGCUCGGGUGUGACGAAGGCAUAUAUGACCUCAACCUCAAUGAACUACACGACGCCACUCUCGACCAGUUAUAUCCCCGCAAAACCAUUUGGCUGUUUGUCAUCAAAAACGUGGUGAUGUCCGUGUCGGGCAAAACGGCAUACCUGUAUAGACACGACUUGAUGGCACUCCACUCCAAGAAGAACAUGUCGUUUGGUCUUCCCGUCGACUCCAUGAUCAACAAAAUCCCGGAGCGACUGAUGCCCCGCAAGUUCAUCGCCACCAGCAAAGUGUCGGACACGAAGGGGUGCACCAAAUGCUGUGUCGGUCGCAACCCAUACAACGGUUACAAAUAUUUAUGCGGCGCCACUCCUAACGGCAUAUUUCUUAUGCAGUGGUAUAACCCGUUAAAUAAGUUCAUGUUUUUGAAACAAUUUGAGUUGUAUUUACCCGCAAAACUACACGUCUUCGAAAUGAUGAUAACCCCCGACUUGGAGUACCCGAUGCUCUGCACAGGCGUCAAGAGAGGGUACGACACAUCGCAGGACUUGCAACUCAAUCUCAUUAACUUGAACUCAUCGACCAAUUGGUUUAAUGACGGUGUGGACGACCAGUUUGGCGACGGCACUGAGACUGUGAUACCCCGACACGACUCGCUGGACGUGAUAAGUGUGACCCAACUCGAGAAGGACACGAUUCUCGUGUGCUUUGACCGCGAAGUCAAGUUAGUCUCACUUCAGGGCAAAGUGAAGGCGAGUCGCCGUCAGUCGCAACUGCACUUCGACUUCAAAGUCGAGUCCAUUGUGUGUCUGACCGACUCUGUGCUGGCCUUUCACUCGCACGGAAUGCAGGGCCGCUCCUUCAAGAACAAUGAGGUGGUCCAGGAGAUCAACGACCCCUCCCGACACUUCCGACUGCUUGGCUUCGACCGCAUCGUCGUCCUCGAGUCCCGGCCCACCGACCAGCCCAACGCACCCACCAAUCUAUACAUACUGGCCGGUCAUGAGAACAGUUAUUAAGCAAUAAGCAAUACAUG